AUGGAGAAUAUUAAUAUAGAAUAUGGUAUUGAUAGUAAUUUAAAUUUAGACAAAUUUCAAGAUAAUGAAAUGGAAAUAAAAAAUUUAUCAAAAUCAUUUGAUAACAAUAACAAUAAUAAUAGUAAUACCAAUAAUAUCAAAAAUAAUAAUAGAGAAAGAUCAAGAAGAAAAAGUUUAUCCAUGCCAUUACUUGAACCAUUACCAAAACCAAAACGUCCACCUGUUCCACCAAGAGCAUUUUUAAUGAAUGAUGGUGCAGAUGAAAAAAUCACUAAUUAUAUACCAACAACACCACCAUCAAUUAAUAUUACAUUUGAAAAAAAAGAAGAUGGUGACAAUUAUGAUGAUAAUUAUGAUGACAAUUAUAGUGGUGAAGAUAUUAAAACAUCAACAACUCCACCACAAUUUAAUUCACCAGAAUUUAAUAAAAAUAAACCUCUUCCACCAAUACCAAUCGAUCAAGAGAAAGAAGAUUAUCACACAAUGGCACCUAAACCAUUACCAAGAGUACCUUCUAAAAUUGAAACUUUUAAUGAUCAAAAUAAUAAUGAGGGUUUACAAAACUCCACAUCUCCAUUGUCAUCAUCGCCACCACCUCUUGGAAAUUUAUUAAAUACAUCAAAUGGUUGGAGAUCGGCAAAUAAACCAAUCGAUAGUUCAUUUUCAAAUAUAGCACCAAAAAGGUCAACAACUCUAUUUGAUGUAACAAACCCAACAAUAUUUCCAUCAUCAUUAAAUAGUAGUGGUAGUUGUUGUAGUAGUAGUGGAAGUGGUGGUAAAUCUCCAAGUAAUUUUUUAAAUUUUGAACCAUCAAAACCUAAUUUUGAAAACUUUGAUGACUAUGUUUUUGGUAAUGAUUCAUCAGAGUUAAGUCAAUCACAAAUAUCACCUGUCGUUAGAACUAGAAGACAAAGAGUUUUUACUAGAAAAGCUGCCACUAUGAAAUUACUUGAUAAUGGAGUUGAUACCGAUGAUGAAAAUGAAUCAGAACUAUCCAAAAAGAGUGGUACUACUCUUGAUAGUGAACCUAAUCUUAAAAGUGUAUCUUCUUCUAAUAGGGGUUCAUUUGUAAUUAGUAAAAGUUCAUAUAAUCUUAGAGGUUCUUGUAGUGAUGAAGAUGAUCAAGAAAAUCAAACAACAAAUAAAAAUAAUAGCAAUAAUAAUAAUAACAAUACUACUACUAAUAAUAAUAAUAAUAAUAAUAACAACAAUAAUAAUAACAAGGACACAUUAAAAGUUACAGAAACAAAACAUGGUAGAACUGUAAGUUUACCAGAAGAACCAGUUAGUACAUUAAUUCCAAAUGCAACAGUAUCAAAAAAAAGACCAUCUCUUUUUAAUAAAUUUGAUUUCAAAUCUGUUAUAUUUGAAAAAAUUGAAGAACAACAACAAAAAUUUGAAUCAAUACCAUCAAGAAGAUCACAAUUACCAUAUAUUAAUGAUUCAACCAUUUUUAAUAAGGUUGUUAAAGAAAUCAUAGAAACUGAGGCAGACUAUUUAGACCAUAUGGAAAUUACAAUUAAUUUUUAUCUUUUUGCCGCAUUGGAAAUGGUAAAAUAUAAAAUAUUGGAAAAAAGAGAUAUUUUUUCAAUCUUUUCAAAUUUUGAAGAAGUUUAUCAUAUUUCUUUAAAAAUUUAUCCAAUGUUAUUAAAUUGUAUUCCAUUAUUAGAAAAGAAUCAAUAUCCAAAUAUUGAAGAAGUUUUUUUAUUUAAUAGUAAAAGUUUUCAAAGAUAUGGAUCAUAUUUAUCAUCACAUGAUAGUUGUAAUAAAUUUUUACAGGAAAUUUUAUUAACAAAUCAAACAGCAGCACAAAUAUUUCAAAAAUUAAUACCAAUUUGUAAACUAAACAAUCUACAUUCAUUUUUAAUUAAACCAUGUCAAAGACUUUGUAAAUAUCCUUUAUUAUUAAAAGAAUUGAGUAAAGCAUUACCAAAAGAAGAUGAACAAAACCAUAAAACCAUUAAACGUACAACUUCUUUAAUGGGAAAGAUUGUCAGUGAUAUUAAUGGUAAAAUGAAAAAUGAUACUAAAAUCCAAGAAAUCAUUAAAGAAAUUGGCACAAAAGAUAUAGAAUAUUUAUUACAUCAUCAAACUUUUAUAGGAGAAGGAAAAGUUAAAAAGGUCAAUAAAAAUGGUAGUACUUCAGAAGGUACAUUGUAUUUAUUUAAUCAAAGAAUUGUAUUUGCAGAAAAGAACUCAUUAUUUAAUAAAAAGGCUACUGUAAUUUCAUUAUCCAAUAUUUCAAGAGUAUGCGAUUAUGACUAUAGAUACCCAAGUGGAUUUGCAAUUUAUCAUAAUUCAAAAAAAGUUUCUACUAGUAGUAGUUCAAACUUGGGUACCUUAAGUUUAGGAGCUCUAAUUAUAAUAAGUGAUGAAAAACUAAAAUGGAUGAAUAAAAUUGAAGAUCAAAUUGUUUCUGAAAGAGUAUUGGCUGGUACAUAUACUUAUGUUACAAACCAUUUUGAAAGUUUUAAAAAUUUAGAAAAUUGUUCAUUCAGUCAAUCUGAUUCUCAAUCAGAUUUUGUUGACCAUGAUAUUCAACAAGAACAACAAGAGCAGCAACAACAACAACAGGAAGAAGAACAAACUCGAGUUAAAAUACCCCAAAUUGUAGAACCUCUUUCCCAACAACAUGAUCAACCAAAAUUAGACCAUCAACAAUCAUCAAUACAACCAAAACUAUCUUUUCCACAUUUAAAACAACCAAAACAAGAUGAAAAACCAAUUAAAAAACCAAAAUCCCCAAAACACAAAAAUACUGAACCAGAAAAUUUUUCUUUUUAUUGA